UCACGGGCGUCAGAGCGGCCAGUAAAGGCCUCUUCGACGUAACUCCAUCCAGCACAAACACAGCCCAAGGCUUAAGUGUAGACAGACAGAAGGCAAGACAGACAGAACCCUAGACCCAAGACCCAAGACAACGGGUCUAGAUCAUUGAAGAGAGACGUAGAAGAUGCGGUCGUUCUUCGUUUGUUGAGAGAGCUUGUUCAUUCUGAUCCUCGCCCCCAAAUCACAUCAUGGCCGAGAGCCGAAUCGUGGGAUAUGUCCCACCCAUUGGAUCGACUGACCGCACCAAGUUGCUUCGACUGAAAGUGAUAGCUGGCAAAGGCUUGGCCAAAAAAGACAUAUUUGGUGCCAGCGACCCGUAUUUACGCAUCGACCUCGUGACUGUGGACGGAGAAGAAGUAGAGGACUCGGUACUUACCAAAACCAAGAAGCGAACCCUCAACCCGAAAUGGGAGGAAGAGUUCAUCUUCCGUGUGAAGCCCAACGCCCACAAACUGGUACUGGAGGUCUUUGAUGAGAAUCGCCUCACUCGAGAUGAUUUCUUGGGCAUGGUCGAGCUUCCCCUCACCAACAUUGCCCGCGAGAGUGAGGGGAGAUCCAUCUCCACGAAACAUUAUCUACUCAGACCCCGAUCCUCCAGGUCGAAGGUCAAGGGUGAUCUGGAACUCUAUCACGCCUUUGUCGCUGAGGAGAAUGGUUCUGAUGAGUCAGAGACCACAGUGGAAGAGCUCGAGGGCGGUGCCAACGGCCCUGAGGAUUGGGAAAUCAUCGGCAAUGCCGAGAGACCCGUAGAUACCUCUGUGCGAGGCCAUGAAGAGCUGCCAGCGCCGAUCCGGGGUAGUAAUGAUGGUGCUGACUCGACGGCCGGCCUGAUUUUACCCAGUGGGUGGGAAGAGAGGCAAGAUGCCAACGGACGGACCUACUACGUCAACCAUGUGGCUCGUAGCACACAAUGGCAACAUCCUGCUCUUGGGGAUCGAUCAGCUACCACUGGAGCAGGAAGUGAGGCCAAUGCCGCCGAUCAAAGCCAGCAAAGAGUUCACAUUAGCAUGGAUGAUCAAAGGCCACCUCCGGAUAAUGUUCGAGCCCGGUCAGGCUCGGACGCGUUGAUUGAGCACGUUCACAAUUUAAGCAUUGGCGGAGGCGGAAGCUCAGAUACGCCUGAUGGACCAAAUGGUCCUCCUUCAUCCAACACCACCACGUCCCCUUCACCAGCAGCUAGCGGUGGUGCUAUUCGAAGACGGACCUCGGUUCCCAGUGCUUCGUCACCCAGUCUCUCUGGGUCUGGAAAUUCAAAUCCUCAUCUUAACACGGAGGGUCUUCCUCCUGAUUGGACCAUGCAAGUAGCGCCCAAUGGUCGAGUUUUUUUCAUUAAUCACACCGAAAAGAAGACCACUUGGGUGGAUCCCCGAACGGGCCGCCCAUCGAGCGUUCCUAGCCAAGGCAACAUGCCCAACCGUCCACACGAAGAUGACCUCGGUCCUUUGCCUGAGGGUUGGGAGGAGAGAGUUCACACUGACGCUCGGAUCUUCUUUAUCGAUCAUAACACGAAAAACACUCAAUGGGAAGAUCCUCGCAUAUCAACCAUUGGUGGACCAGCCAUUCCAUAUAACCGGGACUACAAGCGGAAAUACGACUACUUGAAGAGUCAACUCAAGAAGCCGAGCAACGUGCCCAACAAGUUCGAGAUUAAAGUACGCCGUCAGUUUAUUUUGGAAGACUCCUACCGGCACCUGGUCCAAGUUCCAGCCAACAAAGUGGAUGUUUUGAAGACGAAACUCUGGAUCGAGUUUGACAAUGAAAUCGGCCUGGAUUACGGAGGUCUAGCCAGGGAGUGGUUCUACCUUCUCUCCAAAGAAAUGUUCAAUCCUUACUACGGUUUGUUUGAGUAUUCAGCUACAGACAACUACACCCUUCAAAUCAACCCCUACUCUGGCAUGUGCAAUGAAGAUCAUAUAAGCUACUUCAAGUUUAUCGGAAGAAUUGCAGGCAUGGCUGUCUAUCAUGGCAAGCUCUUGGACGGUUUCUUCAUUCGUCCUUUCUAUAAGAUGAUGUUGGGAAAAACCAUCACGUUAAAGGACAUGGAAUCGGUGGAUACCGAAUAUCAUAACUCGCUUCUCUGGAUCAAGGAGAAUGACCCCGCAGAGUUAGAACUGACCUUCCAGGUGGACGAGGAACAGUUUGGAACGACCAUCUCCAGGGACUUGAAGCCCAAUGGAGACAAAAUUCCAGUCACCAACGAAAACAAGCAGGAAUAUAUCAAGGAUGUGAUUCAAUGGCGCUUUGUUUCGCGGGUCGAGGACCAGAUGAAUGCAUUCAAGUCUGGCUUUAAUGAACUCGUGUCCCUCUCCCUCUUGAAGAUUUUCGAUGAGGGCGAAUUGGAACUGUUGAUGUGUGGUAUUGGCUCGAUCGAUGUCAAGGAUUGGAAGACAAAUACCGUCUACAAAGGUGAUUAUCACCCGAAUCACAUUGUGAUCCAGUGGUUCUGGCGUGUGGUGUUGUCCUUCAACAACGAGAUGAGAUCCAGACUGCUACAAUUUGUCACCGGAACAUCUCGCGUGCCAAUGAAUGGGUUCAAGGAGCUUUACGGGAGCAAUGGUCCACAACUAUUCACCAUUGAAAAAUGGGGCAAUCCCAAUAGUUUUCCUCGUGCUCACACCUGUUUCAACCGUUUGGAUCUACCACCUUAUGAAAGCUAUCAGCAACUCCGCGAUCGCCUCAUUAAGGCCAUUGAAGGAUCUGAAGGGUUUGCCGGUGUAGAUUAAUCAACAGUGAAGACCCUUUUCUGGAUUAUUCGCUCAUAUAUCGGCAGGCAUCCCGUAACAAACCUGUGAUUUGUUUUUUUCCCUUACUUUAGCAGCUUGUCGACUUCGAGCAAUGUGACGAUUUGGUAUCAAACUACAAAGUUCUACUAUCUCCACUAUUCAAUUUUCCUAAUCUCUUCGUGCUGAAGGUCUUGCUUACUUUUCAAUGAUUGGGUAUGCAUGGAAAUCCGCCGUUGAUCGAUAUCAAAGUGAGAGUUUUCUUUUUGGACAGUCUUGCAAUUAUUGCAGAUGCAGCUCCAGUUUGUUUAUCCUCCGUUAAUUGUGCAUUCUUUCAAGUUCAUGGCUCUUAAAAUCCGAUCAUAGUUUCCAAUUAUUAAUAUUCUACUACAACAUACAUUUAUAAACACAUACAAUACAAAUCAGAAAGCCAAUUGUCUUUAUUCAAACUCA